CCACUUUAAUGAUGGCAAUGCAAUGCAACUUUUGCUUUUAGUUUAGUUCGUUCAGUCAAAUCAAAUGGCGAUCGGUAGUAGUGAAACUCUGUGUUAUAUUCAUUUAUUAGCGGUAGUUAUUUCAGAUAAAAAACAUAUUCAAGAUUGUCGUAAUUUGAGGAAGGGUACAUUUGAUAUUUGAAGAAUACCUUUUAACUUUUAACCGUUUGACUCAAGUAUCCAUAUUAAUUGUAACAUCCGAUGAAUUAUUUUGACCACAAAUAGUGUAAAUUUUUUGCGGUGUUUGAUCUACUACAGUCAAAUGCUGGGCAGGCAAAGUUAGUUUUGACAAUCGCGAGGUCUUAAUUUUGUUAAAAUUACCAGUGAAAUGUACCGUGUUUUUGUAAAUUAUAACCUCAAUUGUACAUCUUUGUGAAUACGUCGUAAAACUGUUUUCUGCUAUCGCCUUGUGCGACUUCUACUAUUCAAGUUAAGUGUAUUUGUUAUAUAUGAUUCAACGCGAGUAUCAAAUGAACAACGGGUUUAGUACAGGAGAAGAAGAUUCAAGAGGUAAUUCUGAUCAAAUAUGUUGCCUAGUGGAUGACGGCGAACGCUGUAGACGACCCGCGAGCAAUGCCGCGUAUAGUAAACGUAUACAGAAGACUGUGAUGCAACGGAAGCUAAAACUCAACAUUGACCCUCAGGCAAGGCAUACAUACAUUUGUGAUUACCAUAAAAACAUGAUCCAGUGUGCAAGAACAAAGCAGAGAAGGCCUAAAGAUUCUGAAGACGAUAGCAAUGAAGCAGAAAUGGAUUCUCCAGAAGUAGAUUGGUUUCAACUACAAGUCCCUACUUUGAGACGUUAUAAGAGACACUUUAAAGUACCAACAAGGCAUGGAUUGAAUAAAGCUCAAUUAGCAGAUGCUAUCCAAAAGCACUUCAAAACUUUACCUGUAAAUGAAAAGGAAAUAAUGACCUAUUUCAUUUAUAUGGUAAAAACUAAUGGCAACAAGUUGGACCAGAAAAAUGGAAUGAAUUCUGAUUCAGUGUAAAUUUUAUUAUUGUGAAUGUGACUUUAUAAUUUAUAGAAUUAGUUUUAACAUUAGGAUUAGAUAUUCUACAUUCUUUUGUAGAUAUGAAUUUAUAACUCUAUUUGUCUUGAAGUAUAUUACUUCACAUUGAUUACAGAAUACAGUUGAGUUUAUUCAUACUUGAUGUCACUCAAUAUAUUUAGAUGUUCAUGUUGAUUUAUUCAUUCAAUCACCUUUAUUAUUGUGUAUUCUGUAAUGAUUUCCUCAAUCAUAAUAAUGAACUACUUUGUAACUAUUUAUUUUUCAUUUCAAACUAUAGUUAUUAACAAGAUACAUAUUUAAGUGAUUCACUCAAUAUUGGGGGAAAAAUGCAAUCAAAUGGCUUUGUAUAAUUUAAGAGAUUAUAAUAAGAGUAAAAUUAUAGAAUGUACAUUUUAUUUUAACAUAUUUUAUAAAAACUAUUUUUAUUAAUCUGAGUCAGAUGAAAUCUCUAUCCAUUUUGACACUCCUUUAUUUGAAAUGAUCUCAGCAGUUUGUGGCAAUGAAGGAACAACUGAAAUUAAAGAAUAGAUUUCAGUAUUGUUGUAAAGGGGCUUCUAAACAGGUAAUAUGUUUUGGCAAUAUUGCAAAAAUAGUGAUCAGGCAACAUUGCAAAAAAUGCCUGCCAGAUUGUACAAUAUUGCAGUUAUAUCCUGCCUGCCCAUAUAGACAAAUAUUUUUGGUAUGACCAAUAUUAUUAAAAACAUUUCUGGGAUGGCAGGACAAUAUAUUGCCUGUGUAAAAGCCCCUUUAUGUAUAAUAAUAUUGUCAUUACUUUAUUCUCAAACUUACCAUCGUAUUUACUAGGUUCAGGUUCAUCAUCAUUAUCUUCAUGUUCCAUAUCAUUUUUCAAUGUCAUGUCAUCAACAUUAAACUUUUUUAAUUGAAUGCUGAGGUCUUUUCGAGUUAAUGAUAAUAAAUGAUCACUUGUUAUCAUAUCAGCAAAAUUUAUUUUUAUUCUCUUU